GUUUUGUCAUAUUCUGUGGAGCAUAUACCCUACAUAUGUUUCUACACAUGCUGGAUAUGUCAUUUCUUACAGAUGCUGAUAUACUAGGAAGGCCAGUUUUUCAAAAGACUGCAUAUUCUUUGGAAAUACCUCAAACACAUGCCUCACUUACAAAUACUACUAAGGAAUCUACAAUCAGAAAUGUGAAGCAAAAUGAAGCGGAUCACCUGCAAUAUGUGAAGCAAAAUGAAGCGGAUAACCUGCAGUAUGUGAAGCAAAAUGAAUAUAAUCAGACCUAUGUGAAAUAUAAUAAAUAUUAUCGUCUAAUUGAAACAUUAUCUUCAGCAGAGAUAGUUGAUUACAGUGAAGUUUCUUUAUCAAGAGGAUGGUGGUCUGUCAAGGAGGAAUACUGGACGAAAUAUACAGACUGCUUCAAUGGGAGCUGUAAGAUUGCCUUUGCAGUGCAAUGCUUAUCCAAACUUCGUGCUCUAUACCAGUAUAUUCCAAUUCGAAAACUGUCGCCUAUAAGAGGAGUGUAUUUCUCCGUUUGUAGUAUUAACAAGAUAUUGAUCAAAAGGGAUGACCUUUUUGGGUAUCAUUAUGGCGCAAUGGCAUUAUUAAAAUUUACUGAUGGGUCAAAUCAUACAAUCCAGUUGCAGUUUUCACCACAAGAAGGCCAUCAACAGCAAAGUAAUGUUUACAUGUUGCCUAUAGAUA